AUGUUUUACCAUAAAACAAAUGAUAAUCGCAUAUCCAAAACAAUUAACACUGCAAGAUUGAAAAAUGAACUUCGGAAUUCUUCAUCAGAUCAAAUAGAAGACCUAUGUUUGGAAGACAAAAUUACCGAAGAAAAAACUCGUAGAACAUUAACCUUAGCUAAUCUUGAAAAAGAAAAAACUAGAUGUUUAUUAAGAAACUUAAAAGAAGAGUUGAAACAAGUUUUAGCUAGCAAUAAGUUACUACCAGAACCUUUGCAAUUUUCCGAUGACUAUUUUCAAUCCGAUGAACGAAUAUAUAAUUCAAUUAUUGAAGGAGAGCAAUCUAAAAUGAAUAAAUUACGCUUAAAACUAGCGUUUAAUUAUGAAAAGAGCUUAUUAACUCUUAAAAAUGUCAAAAAUUAUUUCGUCGAUAACAUUUUAACCAAUAAGUUUGAAGUUAAAGCAAUUUUGACAAAUAUAGGAAUCAAAACAAUAUAUCAUAAAAUGGAAAAUAAUAAUAUAUUUAUUAAUUUAGUAAAUGAAUUUUUAUCUAAGAAACAUCCGAAACGACGACGUGAAAUGACAGUUUUAAGCAAAUCAGCUCCCCAAAGCCUACAGAAGGUUUCUGAAGCAGAAUUAUUUCUUCGAAAUAUACGUAAAGAAUAUUCGUCUUUACCGAAGAAAAUUCAGCAUGCCAUAGAUAAGUUUUCAGCAAGAAAAGAUUUUGAAAACCGAAUAAUUCUUAAUAUCCAAAACAUGAAUAAAAAUAAGCCAGGUGACCAAAAUAAUAUCGAAGAAGAGGCAUUACUAGAAUAUACUAUAGAUUCUAUUGGCUAUUUGAACUUAAAAUCAGGAUCAAAUUAUAAAAUAAUGGAAAAUAACAUAACUACAAUGGAAGAUACAUUUGAACAAUAUAUGGAAGUUAAAGAAAAGAUACACAAUUUAAAAACAACUUUUAAUGAAAAAGUGUUUGAACUCAGAACACAAAAAAUAAAAUUAAUACACGAAUACAUACAAUUCAAGUUUGAUAUUAAUAUCAUACAAAAGGAAUUAAAUGAUCCAGAAAUAAUAACUCCAUCAAAUUUCCCUGAAGUCCUAAUAGACAAAUCUAUUGAUCCAAGCUUAAUUAAUUCGUUUGAACCGAUUGAUCACUGGGAUCCAAUAGAUUUAUUUUUUAAUCCCGAAAAAAGCCCUUUGUACAAGAAUGUAUAUUUUUACGAAAAGCCUACACAUCAAGAAAUCGUCAUGCAAAAUAUGAUAAUUGAAAAAUUAAAAUACAGACAUAUGCAUAUGCAUGAAACUAUGUUCAGAAAAAUCGAUAUUUUUGAUGACAAUCUAUUUAAAUUGAAUAAAAUACGAAUCGAAGUUAAACUCGAAAUUAAAUUUCUUGAUUUAUGGGCUACGACUUUAGAAGAAGAAAUGUUAGUUUUGUACGAUUUUGAUUUACUCGAAGAUGAACUGUUGUACAAUGUUCAUAUUAAAACAGGAUUACAAAAUAAUAAAGCUCAACAAGUACAAAGAAUUCAAGAAGACAUUCAAUAUUAUAACGAUAUUAACAUAAAACAAAUAAAUAUGCUGAUAGACAAUAAAAAUACGUUUGAUAUGUGUAUGAAAAUGGAGAAUAAAGGUUUUGCUAAACAUCUAAAAAAAAUUUUUAAGAAGAAAUUUAAAAUACCCAAAAUUAAAUCUGAUUAUUCUGAUGAGUCCAGUUCAUCAUCUUCUUCAUCCGAUGAAAGUGACGAAUCUGAACAAGAAUUUAAUAACGAAAGUGGAGAAUCACUAACGUCAAUGAGUCGAGUACCAGUCUUUGAUGAAAAAAUAUUACCAUUAGGCUGUGAUCCAAAAUUAUUUAAUACAACAUUAGAGUUGAGGUCAAAAAAAUAUGAAAUCGAACAAACCAUAGAGAUAAAUAAAAAAAAAUUGGAUAUUAGUAAUGCACAGCUGAUUAUACAUUUUGACGAAGUUGAAGUCAUUGAAAAUGAACUAAAAGAAAUUCAAAAUGAACUAGAAGAAUGCCGGAUGAAAAAACAAUUGAAACUAAAUGAUAUUUAUACCACGAUUAUAUUAAAUAAAUCUCAAUUAUCCAAGGCUAAAUCACUAAACAACAGUAUCUUAUUGUAUGGAAAUGUUCUACAAGAUUUAUCAAAUAGAACAUUGGAGUUAAAAAAAGAGGAAAAAGAGAUAAUAAGAACUUUACAACAAGAAAAAUUAUGUGCAAAAAAGGAUCGUUUUAGAAUAGCUAAUAUGAAGAAUGUUUUGAAAAAUAUUAAAUUAGCCACUAAAGAUGAAAUAGUAAAUAAAUUUAAAACUGAAAGGGAUUGGAAAUGUCUAGACAAAAUGGAAAUGACAAUAAUCGAUUACAUGAUAAUUAAAUCUAAGACUGAUACUAAAGAUGCAAAGGAACGUUUUCUUCAAGAACUAAGCAUAUUAGAAGAUACAAUUUGCUCGCAACAAAACAUAGUAACUGACUUAUUAAAAUUAAAUACUGAUAAAAAUAAAAUAUUAAAAAAUGUUCUUGGAAACAUUAGUAAAAUACGACAGUAUUUGGAUUUCGACCGAGAACAACUUAUGAAAAAAAUUCAAGAUUUAUCAACGGAAAAAUCAUUUAAUACUGACACAACCGACAUAAACCGCUUUUAUAAUAAAUUAUUAGAGGAGAAACAAGUCCUUUUGGAAAAAAUAACCAGUUGUAAAUGAAUGUCUCUACCUAUGAUACAAAAAUCAAAUCAAAAGGCGAUACAAAGUUUGACAAUUAACGACAAGUCGUCAGCUAUUGAGCUACACCUCUGA